AUGGCGAUGUCAUACACUCCCCGAAAUCAUCACGAUGACUGCGGACCUAGUAAUCAUUCAGGAACUGCGGAAAUACUUGAGGUUACUCAGUUGCUAGAGGCAGCCGAUAUCCCAUGCUGCAUCGAAUGGGAUGUGUGCGUCCCGGAUGAGCAGCUGGAUGCUGCGUGUCACCUAUUCGAGACUGCACCUCUCAACACAAGAUUCGAGCGUGUAGCCUCCCCUGACCCAUAUCUUCUAUCGCUGCGCUACCGGUUUCCAACUUUCAAAUUGAAGGGCGUUAUUUUCUAUUUCGUCCUGGCUCCCUCAUCGGAUUGCUUUUGUGAUCCACGGCCUCAGUUCUGCGAGCGCAGCCACAUGGGCUUACCGUAUCCCAAGGACGUCUACUUCGCCCGCAGCCUGCUCGUCCUACAGAAUGAUCCCGAUCUGGCAGAUUUUGUCGACGCCCAUAACUCGACCAUGGAGUGGGGGGAGAACAAUCUCAACUUCCCCGAGUUACAGGCCCAGGGAGUAGAGUAUGCCUUUCCCUAUUCAUUGAAUGUCAAUCGCGACUUUGCAGUCAUGUGGAGACGCGUGGUAGAAGGAAAGGAAGGCAGGAUUGAACCUUUGAAGUAG